AUGUACCUCCGUUGGGCUGACGAGAGUCAUCUAGCAAUGGAUACUCGCUCGAUGCCGGCGGAUAGUUCAUCCCGCUCGGUCGAGAUUCGUGCCAUUCUCAUUACCUUCUCCAUUCUUUCUACCAUCACCGUCGCAUUGCGACUCUAUGUGCGAUAUAAGGUUCUUCAUUCUCUCGGCUGGGAUGAUAGAGUUAUGGCUGCUGCCCAGGUCCUUACGAUUGGAGCUGCGGUGGCCAUUGGUCUAGAGAAUAAUUAUGGGCUUGGACAUCAUACUUGGGAGCAGUCGAAAGAGAACUACGUUGCCUACAUGAAGGCAUUCUAUGCUUCUGUCAUUGUGUAUAAUGUCGCAAUGUGUCUUGUCAAAAUCGGAAUCCUUCUUCAAUACCGACGAGUCUUUGCUAUACCGACCCUACAGGCACUGACGUUCUACGGACUUGUCAUCAUGGUCGCCUGGACUAUUACAAUCGCUUUCCUUAAUACUCUCAUUUGUGUACCGGUCGCAAAGUUCUGGAACUCGACUUUAGAUGGACAUUGCACUGACCCUUUGACGGUCUGGUACGUCAUGGCUGGAUUCAACCUCGUCACGGAUAUUACUGUCUUCUGUAUGCCGUUGCCCGUCAUUGGAAGCCUGAACCUUCCGAGGAAACAGAAGAUUAUGCUGUUGGCCAUCUUCAGCAUCGGGUUCUUAUCCAGGACAUGCGCCAUCUCGAUCUAUCGUAUCCGAACACUAAAAACUGCCGCUUCAACAAAAGAUCCCAAUUGGGACAAUGUCGACGCCGCGAUAUGGUCAUUCCUCGAAGUCACCCUCGCCAUCAUCUCAUCAUGCCUACCAACCCUCCGACCACUAUUCUCCAAGCUCAUGCCCAAGCUCUUUGCGUCCUCAUUCGGCCGAAGCAACCGCGCAUCCCACUACGGCUACUCUCGAACACGCAGCAGUCAAAAUCUGCGUAGUAUGUCUCGAAGGCGAACUCAAGACAUCACCCAUGACUCAAUGGAUGACACAAGCACCUUGAGAAAAGAUGAAGUACCUCUUCCAUCAAUUACUCAGAAACACUACCGAACAUACCCCGGUGUCAGUGUUAGCAUCAAAGCCGAACAGGGACAGAAUCAUAGCGAUGAAGCAGCGUCGCAGAGUCCUAUGGAGCCAAGCUCGCCGAGUCGAGGCAUCAAAGCCACGACUGUUGUUACGCAGGAGAUCGUGGUAGAGAGACGUGCAGAUGAUGAAUGGAGCCACGGCAGACCAAGUGACAGCGAUGCAACUCUGAGAGAAUGAGACCUGUAUAUUAUCCGCAACACAGAAAUGCCAUUCUGCCGCUUCUUUAUGAGACAUGCAUAUUAUUACCUAGCCCUUUAAUGUAA